UGUCAACCGUUUCGCCCAAAAGAGACAUUCAAGAUCCUUGCCUUUGGAUCUUCCAACGUGCGAGACUUGACUCACGAUCCAUUGACGCCUCUUUUCUUGUCUUGUUAUACCCACCUCUCAGACUAACAAGACCCAUCUCCGUCCAAACUCCCAUCGCUAUUUCCUCACACACUUGCCAUCACCCUCCUCCUAACGUGCGCAAGCCCAUUCCAAGCCUUAAUGUCGAAGGUGCUACUCGCUGAUCAGUCACGCCCCUGCGGACCAUAGUCGCGACACGAGCGGGAUUCCGAAAGCAUAUCACUCGACCAAGGUUCUGCAUCGCCAUUCGUUCCCGAGGUCCUCUUCACUCUUCAUUAUAUUGUACCCUUUUUAUUUCUCCAUCUGUUAAACCAUUCAUCACAAGGUUCCAUCACAACUGUCUACGACGAUAAUAAAUUCACCUGGCUGGCAACCCGAGGCUGGAUUUGGUACGACAAUAAUCAGUUCUCUGGCGCAGAGCCAGGUCCUAUAAAUCCGCUUACCGUCUCGUCUCAAUUACGCCUCUAUUUAUCAACAGCAUGUCGCGUCCAAGCCGUCGGGGACCAUGGCUGCCCGAGGAGGACGGCAAGCUACUCCAUCUCGUCUCAACUCUAGGGCCGAACAACUGGGUGCGAAUUUCCCACCACAUGCAACACCGAACUCCCAAGCAGUGUCGAGAGAGAUAUCACCAGAAUCUGAAGCCGUCGCUGACUCAUGACCCCAUCACCGCGGAGGAAGGCGAACGGAUCGAGCAUCUCGUGAAGGUCAUGGGGAAGAAGUGGGCAGAGAUUGCAAGAUAUUUGGGUAACCGGAGUGACAACGCAGUGAAGAACUGGUGGAAUGGGAGUAUCAACCGCCGCAAGAGAAGUCCUCCCCAUGCCAACGGCAUCUCCAGGGAAGCUGGGUACAGGAGCCAGCCCAUCUCGGCCUCCGUGCCCCGUCGACCUCUGUACAAUCAUGAAGCCCCUCCUUUUCUACGCGACACUCCUCCACUCGACAUUAUACUUCCCCCUCCCUUUGUGAGGCAGGAGAGCACGGCAAUUGUUCCUGGCUCCUCGCGUCCGAGACCUCUCCCCCCCUUGGAGGAUAUUUACUCGUUUCAGCCUGCAGUGGACGAACCACGUCAGCCUCUGAUCUCACCGUCAUCGGUUGCUGGGGAGCACGGCGACUUUAGGCGAAGACAUCCCUCGCCAGUGCACCUAGAAGACCACCCGAGGCCUCCAUCCUUGCCUCCGAUUCGUGGAUUUCGACUUCCUCCGAUCAGUUACUCUGAUCUGCCUGCGCCUUCCCCCACUACAACUGACGACUCAACUACCUUCCCCUGGAUUCCACCCUCAUUGGUCUCGGACAACUUGUCAAAUUAUUCCAUAUCACCCAGAACGGACCCAUCCCCACGGCCAGUGCUGGACGGAUCGAAAGACACUACAACUGGUGCAACUGAUGCACCCGAGACAGGGAAAGAGCUGCCACGGUCACGCGAGAUGCGUGGGCGUUUGGCUGACUCCCCACCUUGGCCUGUCCGUAUGUCGGAUGACAGGGGUCCACCACACGAGAACCAUGAUCAAGCUGGCCGGGCUCGGGCAAAAGACCAUCGCAUUACAGUUUCAAGCCUGCUUGCGGAUGAAGCGACAGUGUUGCGCAACAGGCAUUGACCAUGCUCCGUGCGCUAAGCGAGCCAUGUGAGCGAGGAGGCAAUGAACAUGAUAUAACACUUGUCCAGUCACAGUUACGCACUCGCUCGCCACGAUUCGGUCACACUUGUACUCUACGAAAUCUGAAGUGUGUAGGGUCUCUGAUUUCUACACUUAUGUAUCAUGUAUCUUUUAUCAGCAGCAUUUAUUAGCUGCAAGCACUGCAAGCACUGCAAGCACUCUGUGAGGAAGGACUCUGCUCGGUUUUGGCAGACUUAUGAUUAAAACUCUCUUGGAGGAUAUGGGAAUGGGUGGGACUUUUCCAUUAAUGAUUUCUAAUAGGCUUGAGAGUGUGGAGGGAAAAUUGGGACGGAUUGAGUGUUCAGCUGAUCCGGUGGUAUCUCGCCAAGGCAGACAAGGGUAGCACUCUUGAUGAAACUCGGGAUGCCCAUGUACACGAGCGGUCGAGGUCGAUCCCUCGCAGAUAUGCAAGUGGGACAACCUCCUCGACCAUUUUGAAACCCAAAGCGGAGGCAACAUGGAUAUAC